GAAUGUUGUCCUGCGGUUAUCUGACUAUUAUAUAUAUUUAUAUAUUUUUAAGGCCGCGUGUUAUAACGACUUUUAUAUUAUACAGGCGCUCGUGUUUUACGAGCAGUUCAGUACAUUUACGCGCGUUCACUGUACACAUGUUUUAACUAAUAUCCCGUGCAACGUUCUCGUCGAAAAUCAUAAAAACCAAUUUCAUCUCACACAGUUGUCGCCGUCGCAAGUCAUCUAACAAGUGCGUUUUAAUUGUUUUAAGAUCGUCCCGACAAUACAUUAUCAUAAUAAUAUUGUUAUGUAGUUCGAAAAAAUUCUGUCCAAAACUCGUGUCUUGUUAACCGGAUUUAUAUUGUGUCGUCCAUUGAUGCAAUUUGGGCUGUCCAAGUCGAUAAUUACUGUCGUCGGUAAGUUACGACUGUCGUCCGGAAAGUAUUUCAAUAUGAGUGCCGUGAGCUUUACUGUGGGUCGCAAAGACUGUUCCACGGCCGGCGUGGACGUAUCCAAAAUGUGUGCCGCGCACCAUGCCAUCGACAAGCACGUCAAAGACGGCAUGAUACUGGGCAUCGGUAGUGGAUCGACGAUUGUGUACGGUGUUCAACGAUUGGCACAAAGAAUGAAAGACGAGAAUUUGUCUGUUGUUUGUGUGCCAACGUCUUAUCAGGCACGUCAGUUGAUUAUCGAUUACAAAUUAACAUUGGGAAACCUAGACACCAAUCCUAAAAUAGAUUGUACAAUUGAUGGAGCAGAUGAGAUUGAAGUUGGCACUUUGACAUGCAUAAAAGGUGGAGGAGGAUGCUUGACACAAGAAAAGAUUGUAGCAUCGUGUUCUGAAAAAUUGAUAAUUGUUGCCGAUGGAGCUAAAGAGGUAAACCGUUUGGGUCAAAAAUGGAAGAAAGGUAUUCCUAUUGAGGUAAUACCUAUGUCGUGUAAACCAAUUCAGCAAAAAAUUGAAGGAAAAUAUGGAGGUGAAGCCGUUUUGAGAAUGUCUGCUGAUAAAGCAGGCCCAUUGGUUACAGACAAUGGUAACUUUAUACUGGAUUGGUGUUUUCCUGAAACAAAAUAUUGUUGGUCAUCCGUCCACAAUCAUUUAAAGCUAAUCCCAGGGGUGGUUGAAACUGGAUUAUUCAUUGAUAUGACAGAUGAAUGCUUGGUCGGAGAUCCACAAGGCAAUGUACGGCUACUGAAGAAGACUGAACAGACCUUAGAGUUAUAGGUUAAAUCUUAUAUCUAUGUUUGAGUGUCAUAUAUUAUUUGAAUUGGAUAGCAUUCUCUCUAAUAUCUAAGUAUUAUGACUUUUUAUUGACUUCUAAUUUUGUGUCGCUUAAAUCAAAUAGGGUUAUAGAUAUUUUAGAUCUUCAAAUACUGUUUUUAUAAAUUAUAUUUCAUAAUUUAAACUAA